AUGUAUCAAUCGCCGGUACCAACACAUGGAUUUAAUCACCAAUCAUUCUAUCGUCAACCAGUGUCAAAUCUAAGACAGAUUAAUGAAAUCGUUUGGAAUCGCACUAACGAAUUACAUCAAUCGCAUACUGUUCCUCAACGUGCCAAUAUGGAUAAACAUAUAUACUCAUCGUUGGAAGAAGCAAUGAAACAUCAAAGUGAAUUGAGAAAAGAGCCGAAAUUUAAAAAUGAUAAUCUUUCUCGAGAAUCAACUAGGACUGCAACACUUAUGUCUAAUCAAGUUCCAAAUCGAACAUUAGCUCGACAAGCAAGUUUAGGCGCGUUGCCUACUAUCGAAGAUAUUUUACCGCAGCCUGCCGCACCUUUAACGAAUUCACGUUCGAUUGGUACGAUACACGAUUAUAUUCAAAGAGAACGAAAAGCUCAUACAGUGGCCCCUCUAACUAAAAUAUCAGGGCCGAAUUACGCACAAAAAACAAAUAUGUUCGCUAGUACUCUCGCUCCAAGUGACGCUCAAACUAUGAAAGCAAGUGGAUUGCCACAAUCACUGUCUGGUGCAGUUUUAAAUUCAUAUAGUCAACAAAAUGCUGUAGAGUUGGCUGAUGUUGAUGAUGCUAAUGGCGAAGAAGAUGAUGAUGACGAUGCACCAAUCAUUGUCAAAGUUCGCUAUGAUCCAGACGCCGGUGGUCCACCAUCGGAAGAUGCUAUUCGACAAGCUGUUGACAAUCAAUUGCAACGAGAUUCGGGACAGCGAAUGGCUAAUGAUCCAAUUAUUCUUAACUUUUUAAACGAGACUAUUAAUCCUCAGAUAUUGCAGGCAGCAUUGAGAGUACCACCGCCAACGCAGGCGCAGCCACAACAAACAUUUAAUCUUCAACCAACAGUAUCUGGAACUGCGCUCAAUCGGCCAAAUAUUCGCUUUCCAACACCGUUACAGCAACAGCAAAGUCUACAAUCGAUACAGCGACAACACCUUCAACAGCAACAGCUGAUACAGCAGCAUCAACAACUCGUUCAACAGCAUCAACAACAAUAUCAGCAGCAGCAGCAGCAACAGCAACAACAACAGCAGCAACAACAACAACAACAGCAGCAACAGCAACAACAACAGCAGCAGCAGCAACAACAGCAGCAACAACAGCAACAACAGCAGCAACAGCAACAGCACCACCAACAACAACAGCAGCAGCAACCGCAGCAUCAACAACAAUUUCAACAGCAGCAGCAACAUCAGCAGCAGCAACAACAACAACAGCAGCAGCAGCAGCAGCAGCAGCAACAACAACAGCAGCAGGCACAGAGACAACAGCAGAUACAGCAACAGCUGCAACAAUUGCAACAGCUACAGCUAUUGCAACAAAAACAACAGCAAUUAUUUCAAAGUCAACAGCAGCAACAAAAGCAGGCCUCGUCACCGCAAACACAUCCACAAGCGGCACAAUCGAAGCUACAACAACUAUCACAAGUGACGCAACAAGCACAACAAAAACCACACACACCGGUACAACAAGUAACACAAUUGCAAAAACAAAGUCAACCACCUCAACCACCUCAACCACAGAAGAAACAACAACAGCAACAAACACUACAGAGUAAACCUCCACUCCCACAGCCACCGCAGCCCCAACAGGCUGCGCAACAAGCUCAAAAUAAAGAACAGCAAUUGCAGAUGCAACAGAAACAACAAUUGCAGCAAAAGCAACAAUUGCAACAAAAACAACAAUUGCAACAAAAACAAAUGCUACAGCCAUCGCAGACACCACAACAGAAACAGCAACAGCAACCGCAACAACAACAACAAAUUCAACAGCAGCAAAAGGUGCAACAACAAACACAAGCUCUACAAAAGAAUCCUCAGCAAACACAAGCUCAACUACAAAGACCUCACAAUCAAUUACCAAGUCAAAACAAGCCGCCAGUGGCGAACCCAAAACAACAACAAAAGCAACAUCAAACGCCGCUCCAGCAAAAACAUCAACAACAAGUUCAACAACAUCAAAAACAACAGCUACAACAGCUACAAUCCCAACAAAAACAACAACAGUUGCAAUCACAGCAAAGACAACAGAAAAGUCAACAAAAUCAACAGCAAACUCAGCAACAGACUCUACAGCAAAGUCAACAACAAAACCAACCGCUACCACAAAAGCCUCAGCCGCUGAAACCUCAGCCCUCGGUACCGCAGAAGCCGCAGCAAAGACUUCAACAAGAGUUUCUCUUGCAGCAACAAAGACAGAAACAGCAACAGUUAGCGGAACAACAGUUGAAGCAACAGCAAGUGGUACAAGAACAACAAAAACAACAGCAGUUAUUACUGGAACAGCAACAAAGGCAGAAUAUAAAAGAGCAACUGUUGCAACAAGAACAACAACAAAUACACCAGCAACAACAGAAAUAUUGGCAACUGUUACAACAAAAACAACAACAAAUUGAACAACAACAGGCGCAACUAGAACAAGAACAACAAAGAUAUCGGCAGUUGUUACAACAGCAGCAAAAUCAACAGAAGCACCAAGAACUACAACAGCAGCCAACACAGGAAAAAGUUACCAUGUCUGCAUAUCUACCGCCAGUGGCUCCACGUCCACCCAGAUCUCAGCCAACCAGCCGACCUAUUUCUAUGAAUCGUUCGCCUGAUAUGUUUAUACCAAAUAGUAAUAAUCGACUAGGGCAUUCAGUUCCAUUAGCCCCAAUUCCGAUCAGAAAUAUUCAAGCAUCGGCUAUCACUAGGCAUCGUUCGCCGAUUCGAAAUAUAAGUGCGUCAUUAACUAGUAGUCCUCUAUCAGCAGCACCUAAUUUGUACAAACAUCAGGCUCAUCGUUUCACUCCAAAUAGUUUUCUACCAAUUAACUUUGACUUGACUAAUGGCAGAUCACCAACAUCAGUCAACAGCAACAACAAUAAUUCUCUUCAUAUACCGGAGAAUCUCAUCCCGAGACCGCACACUGCGCCAUCGUUCACGGAAAUGUUCCGACCUCCAUCGGCAUUGGACAUACCUGAGUUAAGUGAAGUAAAUCUUCGUAACAUGCUCAACCAAAUUCCUAGUCUAAAUGGUUGUCAAUUUAGUAUUGAGUAUGCAGAACCAACAGACGUUCCAAUUCCAUCGAAAUCGCCCGAUGCCGAGAAUAAAUAUCCCGAACCUGUCAUUGUUGAUCAACUGCCCAAUGAUAUUAUUCAACAUGUCAGAAGCAGUGACAAUCUCGCAUUGAAAGCUGCCUUAGACCUCAGUAUGCAAAUAGACGAAAAUCUACAAUUUGCCGGCCAACCACAAGUCAACACAUCCAUGUUGAAUAAACAGUCAUCAACAGUCAUACGUCGAACAACACAAAUCAAUCAACAUGUUCAUCAAUCUCCUCGAUCGCCAUCGCGAGACUCGAGUAGUACUCUAGACACAUCUUCGUCGGAAAAAGAAAAUGAAAUCGAAGAAAUCGAAAUUGUUCCAAUAGACAUGCAUUAA